AUGGGUCGCAAAAAGAAGCAAGUUGAGAAGGAAGAUAUUUGGUGCUAUUAUUGUGACCGCGAGUUUGAAGAUGAGAACACGCUAAUCUCUCACCAGGUUGCUCGCCACUUUAAAUGCGAAUAUUGUGGUAAGAAGUUGGGUACAUUUCGUGGAUUAAUGGCUCACACAAAGACAAACCAUCACGUUGAUUUACAGGUUGUUCCUCAUGCACUUCCUGGCCGCAAUAGUACGGCAACGGAUGUUCACGGAAUGACUGGAAUUCCUGAAACAGCUCGUUUCGAGCACAAGGCGAAGAAGAACAAGGAGUUGGGUUUACCAGUUCCUCGUCGAGAAGUAGCAGUGAUUCGAAAUCCGAAGCAGGAGUUUGUAGCGAAGUUGGAAGAAACUCGUACGAAGAGCCAGAUGGCUGACAGUUUUUCUUCAAUGGUUCUUCCUUCUAGCACUUUGAAUAAUCCUUUUAUGUCUACGUGGGAGAGAGGUUUGGGGUUGAAGUGUAGAAUGAAUCCGAUGGGUGGAAUGGCUCCGAUGGCUCCGAUGGCUCCGAUGGCUCCGAUGGCUCCGAUGGCUCCGAUGGCUCCGAUGGCUCCGAUGGCUCCGAUGGGUGGAAUGGCUCCAAUGGCUCCAAUGGCUCCGAUGGGUGGAAUGAAUCCAAUGGGUGGAAUGGCUCCGAUGAAUCCGAUGGCUUCGAUGAGUCCAAUGGCUCCGAUGAAUCCGAUGGCUCCAAUGGCUCCGAUGGCUCCAAUGGCUCCGAUGGCUCCAGUGAACCCAAUAAACCCCGCUCAAACACCAUCCACUACACAGUCAAAAGUUCCGAAAAUGGUCUACACACGAACCGACAUAUCCAUGGAAGAGUGGCGCGCUUCGCAACCAAAGUAUCGUUAUCACGAAUUACUCACUCUGGCGGAUGCUCGUCAAUAG